AUGAGACGACUUCUUCGAGUAUUUUUUGUUUUCGUUGCAAUUGUCAACAUGCUAAUUUUCUCAAUUGGUAAGUUUUUCAUGCAUUUUUCAAGUAAUUCAAUUCUAUUUUUCCAAGGAUUGGGAGUUGGAAUUUAUCGAAAUGAUCUUCUGAUUCUUUCCGGAAGUUUAACUAUUUUGGGACUUGUUGGAAUGAUUCUUUCAGCUGUUGGAUGGUGUAUACAAUCAGCGGUAAGGCAUGGAAAAAUAUAGAACAAUUAAUUAUUAAUGCACUCUUUUUUUAUUUCUUGUUUUUCCUGACAUACGAAGUGCAUGGGACAUAAUAAAAACGCCUUUCAGAAAUCGAAAAAAUUCACAAAACAUCGCGAACAAAUACCGGAAGAAUUAAUCACGCGUGAUACAACUGAACAAGUGAUGAAAAAUAUUCGAGGUAUCCCAUUUUUGAUUCAAGCUAUUCAAUACUCUAUGGAAGCUUCUUAUCAUCGAAAUGUGAUGAAUGAUUUGGGCGAAGGAAUUGUCAGAACUUCUGUUAUUCAUACCGCUCCAGCUUGUCAAAGUGUUCUGGACUCAGAUAGUGAUGAGCUCGAGAUCCCAAGGGCAAAAUCCACUCCAAGGUUUGUUCUCUAAAUUUCGGAGAAUAUUUUCUCAUUAUUAAAAAUACAUAAAAUGUGCAUACAUUUCUCAGAACAUCGCGAAACUCGGCCGAAGAGCAAUGGCUUGCACACGGUGAGAAAUGGAGGAAUGAGCAAUUAAGAUUGUCGAUGGAACGCGAGAAUCCGCACUUGCUUGUGUUUCCGUAUAGCGAGGCUUCGCCGCACAGGGAUUCGAUGAAUAAUAUGGAUGCACUUGUUCAUGAAUUCAGCCGCAUUGAUAGUAUCAAACGUCCACAUGGGUAAACAAUUAUUUUUCUAAUAGGGAAGAAGUUCAUUUGAAUAGAAUUAUUUUUGUUCAAGUUGUGUUCUUUCCAGAACUAUUUGAUUUUGUUCCAGAUUGACCAAAAAGAUUGCACACAACCACUUUCAAGUGAGAUGUAUUGGAAUGUCUGCAGAAUUCAUCGAAAGGUUCUUUUCCUGUUUUCCCAUAUCCAUUUUCUUAUAAAAUCCUUUUCUCAGAUUCAACAACUCAUUUGGCGCCAACACAAAUUACAAUUGA